AUGUCACAAGAAGACAAGGCCACCACCGCCCCCGCCACCCAAGAUCCACCAUCCUUGCUGCAACCAGGUUCCAUAGUUGAGGUCAACCCCCGAGACAAUGAUUACCUGGGUGCGUGGUACCUCGCCGUGAUCAUCGAGCGCGCUAGUUCAACAUGCGACGACAGGUACGUGGUCCAACUCCUCUUUCUUUACGAAGACAUAAGUACCGGGACAAAAGCCAUCAGGGAGUACAACAGCGUUGAUAUACGCCCUUUACCCCCUCGACACCGACCGAGAAAGUUCAAGGUGGGUGACUUAGUGGAGGCUUAUUACAGAUUCGGUUGGUUCGAAGGAGAGAUUGUUGAAGAGUUGCAUAAUGGCAACUAUAUUUGUCAGUUGAAGUCGUCAAAGCGCUUAGAACUUGUGGUGGAACGGUUGCGGCUUCAAAGAAGCUGGCGUGAUGGGGAAUGGAUACCGCCUUUGGAUGAAUCUGAGCUAGCUGUGGAGGAAGAAGAUUCAACAGACGAAACGAAGCAGACGGAUUCUGACAAAGCUGGGAUUAUGGAGUCUGAGGCUGAUAGUGCAGAAUCAAGCACAGCAGGGACUGGUAACAUGCAGGAGGCUUCUGGUCAGGUAACAAUAGAAGAAGGGCUUAGCAAGGGAGAACAUGAUGAGGAGGGCAAUGAUGAAGAGUUAUGA